AUGAUUUUUAAAUUUCUUAUAUAUAAUUUACUGUCUUGUUUAACCCUGGGCUCCCUAAAUUGUCCUACUGAAAAAUCUCAUUCACUUCAGUUUCAUCUCGUGCGCCAGUGUCAGAGGGCCUCGGCUAACGAUGCAUUGGCUCUGGAAAACACCUCCUCCCUGGAGGAAUGCACCAAUCUGGCUCACGAACUACGUGGCUUGGCCCUCAACUACUCCCCUGGAGGCUCAAAGAGAAGUACAAACGUUUUCGAACAGAGGCCGUAUGGAAAGGAGGGCCAAAAGCAGCAGCACAUUCGAAGUCGUUUCAGUGUUUUUGACCAACCAGGCGAGUUUUUCAACUGCCAUGUGCUUCAGUGUCCCCAGAACAGCACGUUCUCUGGGAUGGUUAAUGAUAGUCGCUUUGAUUAUUACAGUUUAUAUGGCAGGCCAACAGUUGUUAAAAACUAUAGUUGUAUACCGGAAGUUGGACUGUUUGUGGUCUUCACGCAGCCUACUGUUUAUUUGAAUGCGUCGCUGACCUGCACCAAUUCCUCGGAGUUUAUCGGCAGUCUGGCUCACAUAGCCUCAGAGCACAGGACGAAGUCCUUGGCUCAGUGGUUGCUCCAGUUCAACAGGAAGUCUCAAUCAGAAAGAAAUGUGUUCUUGGCCUUUGUAGGUUUGGUGUACAAUAGCUCCACUUCACUGAACCCACUAGAUUUUCGGAACUCUCAAAAGGAAAGCCUCAACUGCUUUUUGUACAGGGCCUGGGCAGCCGGUCAUCCUCGCCUCGGUCAGGAGCUGACAAACGCUAGCUGCGUGGCCCUGACGCCGCAGGGAACUUGGCAAACCCUGCACUGCGAGCGUGAGCUGCCCUUCGUCUGCGAGAUGCACACGGCCAGACCAACUUCCACCUGGGAUCACUCAGAAUCCGAGCUCGAUAUUGGCCCGAAUGCAGCUUUUGAUUGCAGCAACAAUUGAGGGUCUAUGGCAGCAUGGAUAUUCGCAGCCGUUUUAUUCACUUAAGCAGUUUUCAAAACACAAAAGCCAAAUAUAGAUAGUUGAUGGUGUUAGCCC